AUGUCGUCGGAAAGUUCCAACCUGAUCCAGAGACUCGACAAGCCGGAGCACGACGAGGUGCGUCGCCUCGUUGCACAGGAUGCAGAGAGUCGUGGCGGGAGCUCGAACUCGGUCUUCACACUCGAUGGGGAGCGUGGACAGCCCUCGUCUCGCUUAUGUCGCCAGCUGCCCAAUGGCCAGGAGCAGUGUGCGACCGUGUCACUCGAGACUCGCGAACUAUUCCAGACUAUGCAAUCCAUGGGCUUUUUCUGCAUCUUGCCGCACGACCCUACCAAGACAUUCAUCCGGUGCGAGCGCAUCCCACAGUAG